AUGAAUGCGAACAGAAUUAAUGGGGAUCAGGCCAGAGUGGACAUUGUCGGCAAGCGUUUCAUGAGGCCGGCUCCAGCGGACAGUGUGACCCUUCUCCAGCGCGAAUACACGGUCGCUGUCAAGGCAAUGAUAGCACUCCCAAAGUCGCCAGCUCUAUGGGCAGAAGGAAGAGGGGCCGUGUUUGAGAUUGAGAAAGAGCUUAGGCAUCAUCUGGCUGCUAAAUCUCCCGGGGAGGACAGACAAACACACAAAAGCGGCUCAUUGUACCGCCGUCCAUUUCUCGGCUUAAAGGACAAAGCCUCGAAGUGGUGUAAUGCUCCGAUGUUUUUCAGCUGCUCCCAUCCCUUGCUUGUCUGUCCGUCGCGCUGUCCGAUCGUCAGGACGACUCACUUGUACAUGUCCGUGCCAGUUCAGCAUGGCCAAAGGGCCCAGAUGUUCGCAGAUGACGUGGCUGACCGUAAACCAAACUCACGAUUCACAACUGAUCCGUGGUCACUUAAUCACAUGUCUACCCAAGCCUUCUUGUACAGCCGAGCUCCCCUGUCUGCUAUCCUCCUCUCAGGUCCACGUCCGAUGCAUACAUGUGCGAUCCUAAUACCAGCUACUAGGCGUCAAUUAAUUGUUUGGACUACCCAAGGCCCCUUGGGCCAAGGACCAGUUCGCACCGACUCGAAUGUAAUGCGACCCCGGUGGGGGUGGGGGGGGGGCGAGCGGAUCGGGGUGGAACUUUACGGAAGAAAGAGCCGGGGCAGCGAACAAGACAGCCAGCGGGCGACCAGGACUUCCAAAUCCAGCAAUUUCACGACAGAUGGAGCGAAAGGGACACGGGAAUGUCGCAUGAUUGCGUAA